GCUUAAUAAAAAAUCAUAUGUUUUGACCGACCUUUUUUUGGUUUGGCACUUUUUGUGGUUUUAUCAAUCAAUAACAUAUAAAUAUGAAAGUUAAACAAGAAAUGGUGCCCAAUAUUAAUAUGAUGGACAUAGCGGAUGUCAUUAAAAAGAAUAUGGGUGCAUAUUUUCAAACCUGUGAUGUAAGUGUUAAUAAUGUUCCUGAUCUAACUAAACCUCCUUUUCAUCUUGCCUGUCAAGGUAUAUGUGGUUAUCCUAAAUUGUUGGAUGUAGGAGGGCAGCAUUAUUUAACACCUACUCCACAUUUAGAUAAAACAUAUGAUUUAAGAGUAAUAUCCACCCUUAUUGAUAUGUCAGAAGCAUUUUAUAUAGGGGCAGGUGCUGGACCUUUUCAAGAAAUGGGGACUAAUGGUGAACUCAUAACCAACUUAAAAUUUGGCAAAAAUAAUGUUAUAGAAAAAAAUUUAUCAUAUACAGCAAAAAAUCUUAAGGAUGUAGAAAAAAAUGAUCCUCAAUUCAUUGUAGAGCCAUUAAAAAGUUCACAAUUUGGAAUCUUAGGAAAUUUUUUAGCUUCCAAGGGUAUGCCUGGAAAGUUUCUAUUAACGCUGACCAAGUCUCUAAUCCUCAAUAUUCUAACAAUUAUACGCCAGCUGUGGACAUGGCAAGAAAUUUGCAAACACACAAUUGCCAUAAGGAUAGCCGUCUCUAAGAGUAAAAUGGGAAAGGAAACUGAUUUCUUGGAAGCGAUCAGAGGAUGUUUAAAGGAUGAUUUUAAAGACAAAUUUAUUGGCCUGGGAGGGGCAUUUGUUUUGAAGACUGGAACAGCCAGAAUUCACAUUAUGCCUGACUUUUGUCCAGACCCAUUAGACACAGAUGAAAAAGUUAAGAGUUGGUUGAAAUAUUAUCACGUACCAGCACCACUCACUUGCCUUGGAGUCCUAGUAAAUAUCGAUUACAAGGAUUUUGGUUUGAGAACAAAACAUGCUCAUUGCUUCCAAACAACGUUAGAUCCUUUUGCCGUCUCACCUGCCGAGUAUGACAUUAAAAAAAGCUCCGAUGAUCCUAAACCAACUUCAAUUUUCGAUUAUGAACACAUAAAAUAUGGCGGUCAUUAUCAUUACGAUAUAACUCCUGACGAAUGCUCAUACGAAGGUUAUUUUGUGCCGGUUCAGACUGUUUGUCGUAUAGAUCAAUCUGAUUCUAGUACAGAAGAGAUCAAUAUCGAACAGAAUAAGAAAUGAUCAUUUAUUUUAAAGAAGAAAUGUAGUUAUAGGUGAAGAAAAUUUCUACCAUUUUUCGCUGAAAGGAAUAAUAACUGAAACGCAAAUAAAUACCAAAAUUAUUAUUUUUUAAAAAGAAAUAUAUUUGGAGCUUAUUAAACAAAUUAAUUUUUUAUCAUGGUAUAUUUUUAAUUUAUUUGGGAUUCAACUAUAGAAUAAGA